CUGAUGUCAACAAACCAGACAAUCGCGGACAGACACCACUCUUUGCAGCAGCUUAUAGCGGAAACAUCGAACUUGUGCAGUACUUGGUGGAAAAGUGCCAAGCUGAUGUCAACAUACCAGACAAUAACGGGCAAACACCAGUCUUUGCAGCAGCUUAUAGUGGAAACAAGAAUCUCGUCGAGUACUUGGUGGAAAAGGGCCAAGUUAGUAUCAACACACCAGACAAUGACGGAAAGACCCCAGUAUCUCUUGCAGCACAAAACGGACAUGUGAACAUUGUCGAAUAUCUCGGAACCCUGGGAGUGGAUAUCGACACACCCGAUAGCGAAGGGCAAACAUGGCGAGAGAUUGCAGAAGCAGCAAAUAAGCCACGGUGGU